UCUUAGUAUUACAGGUAUUUCAUAGUAGAUAAACGAAAAAAUGAUUUGGAAAAUUAUAUUUUUGCUGUCGUGUUUUAACGUUUUAGUAAGCGCUAGUCCACCUUUACAAACUCCAAGUUCUUCAAGACAGAUACCAUUUGCAUCAUUAGAUGAUUGGGCAGAAAAUUUAGAAGUAAUUACUAUUACAAAUUGGACUACUUUGCAACAUGAACUCGAUGAUAAUCAAAAAAAUGCCGCAGUUGAGGCAUUGAAAAACAGUUAUUGUCCAAUUCUUAUUGAGGAUGAUAUUGUUAAGAACAGUGAUUUAAGUAAAUGGCCUGCUCGUUUAAAAAAUACAGCUGGAACUGGCCCUAACAUAGAUAAUAUAAGAACCUUGACAUGUAGACGUAUUCCAGGAGCACCAAUACUAUACGUGGGCUAUUCUGACACAUCUAACCAUUCGGUGAAUUAUCCAGGAAUGUUAUUCAUUUUCGAUAGCCUUGUAUUCGAUAUACUGGUCCACCAGAAUUUUAUUUCGGAAAACAUGGAAGGAAUCGAGGAUUCUAAUUAAAAUCGGCCCAGCAGAAUUUAAUUUCACCAUUCUGGUAGUGAAAAAAUCUAAAUACUUUAAACAAUAAUUAAACAUUAGUUGAUUUAUAAAUAAUUUGUAAACCUAAUU